UGAGCUCAGGUGUGAGGAUGGGCGGGGCUUCAACUGCUGCGCGUGUUCACCUCUUCCUAAACACUGAGCAUGAACCAACAGGAGGAAAAACUCUUCAAUAGUGGACUAUUAACUGUUCCAGGACUGUUUUAAAGUAAAGAUGCACCUGUUGAUCACUGUCACGGACACGUGGUUAUCGCCAUCGAGCAGUUUAUCUCUAGGUUUGCAGCGAGUGGAAAAAAAGGUGCGUUUUUUUUAUCUCCUGCAGCAGCAGCAGUGGGUUCUCCAUUCACAAGUGAUUCCCUUUAGAAAAUCGUCACGGAGCCUCUCAGCCAAUCAGCGUCGGCAGCGCCUCUCCCUCGACUCCUCCCACUUCCAUAUAUGGGUAAUGACGUAUCCAAAAGGUCCCCCAUAUAAACAUACUAGCGCCAGGGCCGCCAGUUCCCAAAGAGAGUUACUUUUAACGCAGUGUGUUGACUUUCUCUCAUCCAGGAGCGCAUGAAGCGCAAACAGAGACGCAACGAGCUCAUCCUCUCACACCCGGUGACAGAAACAGAAAGACAUGCGGUGGUUACACAUUGUUCAUUGUUAUUAUAAAGUGUUUUAAGGUGAGCAGCAAAGACAAGAGCGAAAAAGAGAGCAAGAAGACGCGGUAGUGUGUUUUUUUUCUUUUCAUCCACAAUGACGGCGAAAACUCUGGAGAAGGUGCCGGUGAAUCUCGGAGGAUUCGUGCAUCCAGACAGCGUGUACUCGGUGGAUGACAUGGUGGGCUCCACCUCUGUGGCUAUCUUCCCAAACAGCGAUCUAGGAGCUCAUUACGACCAGAUGAAUGUGGCAGACAGCCUGAUGAGCGCAGACAUGAGCUUAGAGAAGCGCUCCCUGGACCUCUCCUCACCCUCCUCCUCCUACUCCAGCAGCGGCUUCUCUCAUCAGCCCAUCGCAUCCCAUCAUCACCACCGCAACCAGACCUUCACCUACAUGGGCAAGUUCUCCAUCGACUCCCAGUAUCCAAGUAACUGGAACCCCGAGGGAGUCAUCAACAUCGUCUCGGGCAUCUUCAACAUGGCCCAACCACCACCACCACCUCCUCCACCUCCUCCUCCUCCAUCCUCAUCAGCAUCCUCCUCUCCGGCAUCCUCUGGAUCUCCCAAUCACUUCUCCUCCUCCUUGAGUUGCACCAUGGCAACGCCUCAUCAGCACCAGGCGGAGAUGAUGGACCACCACAACCAGCACCACCACCACCACCUGUACUCUCCUCCUCCGCCUCCUUACUCCUCAUCUGGCUGCGGUGACAUGUACCAGGACCCCUCGGCGUUUUUGUCCCCCCCUACGUGUCCCAUCGCCUCCUACCCACCGCCAUCCUACUCUUCUUCUCCCAAGCAGAACGGUGGAGGUGGAGGUGGAGCAGACGCGCUUUUCCCCAUCAUCCCAGACUACUCGAGCUUCUUCCAGCCUGCCUGCCAGCGGGACAUGGGCAUCCAAGACCGGAAACCUUUCGGUGCAUGUCCUCUCGACACAUUCCGAGUCCCUCCACCUCUGACUCCUCUGAACACUAUCAGGAACUUUACGCUUGGUCCAGGUGGUGGUGGUGGAAUCGAAGGUGUGCCUCCGAGGCUUCCGUCCGCUUACAGCCCACAAAACCUGCCCUUAAGGCCGAUCCUGAGACCCAGAAAGUACCCGAACAGACCCAGCAAGACGCCCGUCCACGAGCGGCCGUACCCGUGCCCGGCGGACUGCUGCGACCGGCGGUUCUCGCGCUCCGACGAGCUCACGCGACACAUCCGCAUCCACACCGGACACAAGCCGUUCCAGUGCCGCAUCUGCAUGCGCAACUUCAGCCGCAGCGACCAUCUCACCACGCACAUCCGCACGCACACGGGCGAGAAGCCGUUCGCGUGCGACUUCUGCGGGCGCAAGUUCGCGCGCAGCGACGAGAGGAAGAGGCACACUAAGAUCCACCUGAGGCAGAAGGAGAGGAAGUCGUCCACCGUCUCCUCCUCCUCUUCGUCCUCCACUUCCUCGUCCAGCAGCACCAUCACUGUAACCAGCGGGAUGUGUUCCUAGUCCUGCCUGGUUGUUGUUGUUGUCACCAUGAUGCACCCUAACCUCUUAAAAAGAACUAUCAAAUAAUGAUUGUGAAACUUUUGUGCGACAGCAGCCUAAAACACCAUGCAGGAUGGGAAUGGACAUCUGUGCACAAUUACGCACAUCCACUCCAUUCCUCUUAAAAGAACUAUCAAAUAAUGAUUGUGAAACUUUUGUGCGACAAAAACACCAUGGAUGGGAAUGAACGAGAACUUCUGUGCGUAAUUACGCACAUCCACUCCAUUCCUCUUAAAAAGAACUAUCAAAUAAUGAUUGUGAAACUUUUGUGCGACA